AUGCCAGUAUACUUGCUGCAUGGCUUCAAAUGGCCCCGCCCGCUGAUCCGCAUUCACAUUAUCCUCCAGAAUCUCGACGAUGCAGCUGCCGAGUGGCUCGUGUCGCCUGGCACCACCGAGUGCAUGCUGGACAACUUCCACGCCCUCUAUCCCGACCUGAUGCAGCACUUGCCCAACCUCCGCUUUGUAGAGCAGUUCGAUCCCGCAGACGAAUCGACCGAGAGCAAUGCCCCCAGCCAGCCUUUCGCCUAUGUAGCAGACGUGUGUCAAGAGGUGAAGUUGGGCAUAAACAUCGACGAAUACAGAGGCAAACUGGUCACGGGCAACCAGUGGUCCGCGCUCAUGGAGCUCCGUGACAAGAUUGCGCCAGAAGAGAAACCGGGCUGGUUUGUGGUCGUGUGUGGUGACGAAGAGCGCUGGGCCCCACCUACCAUUGAGACUCUGCAAGAAGCCGCACAACAUAAUGGCGUGUCGAGGACUGCGAGUAGUGAGGCCGAGAGCGCGCAGUAUAGUCAUCGCCCAAGUGACGAAGUCACGCAGAAGCGAGAUGAUCAGCCAAGAGGCCUCAAGAAGCUGUUUGGCGGCUUCUCCCGGAAGAAGAGCCUCCUUACGGCCAAGUCGGCCUCCGACAUCAUCGAAGGAACAACCACCGCCGCUCCCGUCGCCACCAGAAACUGUAAUGAAGGCUCCACAGUUGCCAUUGCUGAGAGGAAUGGGGACUCCCGCACAAUGAAAUCUGCUACUCCUCCGUUGCUUUCACCCCCAUUUGGCGCCGUUGAGCUAUCUGUGGUGCCGCCCACACGUGCCGGAGAUGACAGUAGUGGAUCAAGAUCUAUCUCACCCAUCGAGGAGGAGCCCUGGUCCACUCCAGGUACCGAGUACUCUUCAGACUCGCGAUUCCGACGUCGCUCAGACACUGCACUAUGGACACCCCAAAGCGUCAGUCAAGGACGAAAUUACAGAGCAAGCUGCCAUGUCGACCGAUUCGGCGGUGUUAGUCCCGUGUCUGCACGAAGUCCGAGCCCGUUGUCACGACUGCAGAGUCCUGCCGAUGUUUCGUGCGACGGCUCAGCACCUUCACCAUACAUACCAACCAUCUUGCCGGAAAGACAGAACGGUGCCUGGAAACGACACACUCUGCAUAACAGCCCUUCUCUCUCUCGUGGCCCUCCGCUGGCCAAAAUCGACGUGGCCGAAAAGGAUGAAGAAGAAGGACAGUACGAAGUCAUCAGCAUGGCACCAAAAGUCUCCACGCUGGUGAUCGCUCGCCACGAUGCCAGGAGGCAACGAUUGAGCCACUCAUCAAUCAAGGACAGGACGAGUCCGGACACGUACAGGCCCAAGGGACCUCGCUUUCCUGUCAACCCGAGCCCCCAAUCACGCAGAAGCUCGUAUGGGACGAACUCAGUGUUUGGUCAGAAGAUCAAUCAGUUCGACCUGGUGGCGAACAGCAUCGAGAAUGCACUUGUUGCUAUGCGAUAA